CGCAUUCACGCAUGCGUAGUGCGUCUGUUCGAAGUAAAUAGUACUUUCACUUUGUGGACGAUGUUGAUGCAAUUUGGCCAGGGGAUUUCAAUGUAUAAUAACAGUAAUGAAAGUUGAAUGGGACUAAACUGACUGAUUGGUCUACCAAGUAGAGAACAUGGAGAGAGCUGCCCUCAGACAGACCCAGCAGUGCGGUCCCUGGGAGAUGAAGGAGCGGCUAGGAACAGGAGGAUUCGGCCAUGUGAACCUCUACCAACAUCUAGAGACGGGAGACAAGAUUGCUUUGAAACUUUGCCGCCUAGAAUUGAACCAAAAGAACAAAGAUCGCUGGAGCAGAGAGAUACAAAUAAUGAAAAAGCUGAGUCAUGUGAACGUAGUGGAAGCAAGAGAAGUUCCAUUAGAACUGAGUUCCAUCGGACUUAAUGACCUACCACUACUGGCCAUGGAGUACUGCUCCAAAGGAGAUCUACGCAAGAUGCUCAACAAGCCAGAAAAUUGUUGUGGGCUUAAGGAAAGUGAGGUUCUCUCACUGCUCAGUGACAUAGGUUCUGGUAUCCGGUACCUCCACGCCAACAAGAUCAUCCACCGAGACCUCAAGCCAGAGAACAUAGUCCUUCAGGAUGUCAGGGGGAAGCUCGUCCACAAAAUCAUUGAUCUGGGCUAUGCAAAGGACCUGGACCAGGGUAGCCUCUGCACAUCUUUUGUCGGUACUCUGCAGUAUCUGGCUCCAGAGCUCUUUGAGAACAAGCCCUACACGGUGACUGUUGAUUACUGGAGUUUCGGGACGAUGAUAUUUGAGUGCGUGUGUGGCUUUCGGCCCUUUCUACACCACAUGCAGCCUGUUCAGUGGACGAGCAAAGUGAAGAAUAAAGGUCCUAAAGAUAUCAUGGCUGUCGAGGACAUGAAUGGGGAAGUCAGGUUCUCGACACACCUUCCCUAUCCGAACAACCUCAGCAGACCCUUACUGGAGCCUGUCGAGUCCCUUCUGCAGAUGAUGCUCCUGUGGGACCCUGCUACCCGAGGAGGGGGCACAGACCCGGAGAGCAACCAUCCCUGCUUUUACACUACAUUACACAAUAUCCUCAGCAUGAAGGUGAUCCACGUGCUGGACAUGACGUCGGCCCAGCUACACUCCAUAGUGCUGGGCCCCGAGGAGAGUCUGCACUCCCUGCAGCAGCGGCUGGAGACCCACACCCACUCACACGUCCCCCCCCGCAGCCAGGAGCUGCUCCUGGAGACGGGCGUGUCGCUGGACCCCCGCUGGCCCCCCGCCCACUGCCUCCCAGAGGGACUGGCCGGCUGGGACCGGUCCAUAGUGUACCUCUUCGACAAGAGCCUGACCAAGUACUGCGGCCCGCUUACCGCCCGACCUCUGCCUGACAGCGUCAACUUCAUAGUGCGAGAGACCAAGACCCAGCUGCCACUCGCCGCGCUGAGGAAGGUGUGGGGAGAGGCGGUCAGCUACAUCUGUGGGCUGAAGCAGGACUACGUCCGGCUGUACGGGGGGCGGGAGGCCGCCAUGAGGAGUCUGCUACAUUACAACACAAACCUAACGCACCACAAGAACAUGCUGUUCUCACAGUCCCAGCAGCUCAGAGCCAAACUGGCCUUCUUCAAAAUCAGCAUCCAGAACGACCUGGAGCUCUACUCUGAGCAAAGACACACAGGCAUUUCAACUCUGAGCAAAGACACACAGGGCAUCUAUGAGUACACUUUAGGCCAUUGGUUCUCAAAGUGUGGCCCGCGGGCCAAUGGCGGCCCGCAGAAACAUUCCUGGCGGCCCGCAAUGACAUACAGAUCUUCAGAGAAGAUGCUGAAGACCUGGAAUGAAAACGAAGAGAAGGCUGCUGCGUUUACACAGGUGGCUGAGGUCGGUUAUCUGGAUGAAGAGAUUGUCUCUCUGCACUGUGAGAUUGUGGAGUUGAGGAGAAGUCCAUUCGCUCGCAGUCAAGGAGACGUUAUGGGACAGCUGGAGGAGAAAGCGAUUGAACUCUACAAGCAACUGAAAGCCAAAUGCAAAAGUCCUGACCCGCCACACGGUUACAGCGAUAGCUCCGAGAUGGUGAAGGCUAUUCUUCAGACAGUUCAGAACCAGGACCGGGUCUUGAAGGACUUAUACACUCACCUGAGCACCAUACUGGUGUGUAAACAACGCAUCGUCGAUCUGUUCCCUAAGCUGGAGGGGGCGGUAGAGAGCAUCAAGGCAGCGGAGACGACAGUGAUGCAGAUGCAAAUGAAGCGACAGAAAGAGUUCUGGUAUCUGUUGAAGAUUGCCAGGGCCCAGACAGAACCUCAGUCACUACCAACUGUUCCCAAGACAACUGCAAGUGAGACGGUUCAUCAAUUAUUGGAAGAGAAUCAGCAUUACCUCAGUCAACUGACUUCUCUGCUUCAGGACACGACUCAAGAGACUGGAAACAGUGUCAUGGAUGAGGACUGGAGUUGGAUACAGCAUGAUUCAGGAAAAGCUCAAUCUCUGAUCUCAUAAAGUUGUAUAUAAUGAAUGAAGCCUGCCUGGUGAUGCUCAUCUUAAUAUAUGAAGAACCAUACACUGGCACAAUCCUUUCUGAUGCACACUCAAAAUAUCAUGCAUUUAUUUAGCACCAUAUGUAUGGAUUUAUAUUUUAAAUUCCAUGUUUGAAUGUAAUGCCAGUCUGCUGUAUUUAUUUGUUGGAGUGAAGAACAAGAAUUUGACUGACAAAACGUAUUACCUGUAUGUGCAAAAUGUAUCUUUAGAUACCGAUUUGUUUGUCAAAAUGUUACAUAAAUAAAGAAUGCCUGUUGGUUUGUUAUCGUC